AUGGAGUACUGCUGCCCUCUAGUGGCCGUGUGUAAUUACCAUUUCAGCAACCAGAGGGUUGUUGUGGAGGACAGACCUGCACAGGCCUUAAAGGAGCCCUCCUGCCAAUUUCAACGGUCUUCGCCGUAUGCCGAUUUACUGGAGGGAACUGUGGUACGCAGCUUUCAGGACAAAGGUACCGCUGGGGGAGCCAAUGGGGCGUUCCACUUCUUCUCUGUGACAUCACUGGGGCGGGACGAGAGAGUUUUACGAGCGGAACUCCGCUGGUAUCGCAGGAGGCAACCACACACACACCACUUCUACAAGGUGGACCUGUAUGAGGUGUUGAAUAGUGGAGUUCAGCCCUGGAGAGGAAACCUCAUCUCGUCUCGCCUGCUGCCCACACACACACAGGGCUGGGAGAUAUUCAACAUCACACACACGGUGUCCCGGUGGGUGAGUGACUCCAGUAGUAACAACGGGCUUCUUCUGGUGAGCAGCUUGUCUCCAUGGCGAUGGAUGGAGGCCACACCCCCCAACACAGAUGGCCCCGCCCCUUACCUAGUGGUGUUCUCAGCUGAUGAGGACUCUACUGCCCCCAGUGCCCCGCCUCCUCCGGGGAUGAUGACAUCACCUGGAGACAAGAAGAGAGAGCGUCGGAGUGCCUCGGCUCGUCGACAGCAGGAAGGGGCGGGGCCAGCGGAACCCUGCCACAGGAAGUCUCUCUACGUGGACUUCCGCCUGAUUGGUUGGUCGUCGUGGAUCAUCGCUCCGCCCGGCUACGAGGCGUUCCAGUGUUCCGGAACGUGUGUGUUUCCGCUCGGGGAAGGAACGCGGGCCUCCAACCACGCCACCGUGCAGGCGCUCACACACACACUCUCACCUGGACGCACACACACGCGCACACACACCCCUUGCUGCGUCCCUGAUGCCCUCGCUCCUGUUAGCUUGCUGUACUUUGAUGAGCACGAUACCGUGGUGUUGAGGCAAUACAGAGACAUGGUAGCGGAGAGCUGUGGCUGCCAUUAG